AUGAGUCCGGACAUUCAAAUGUUUCGACACAGAUUUUUCCCUGCAUCUUUCAACAGGCCGAAGACUGUGUUCACCUUCAGAGUGCUCAAUAAUUUUCUACUGGACAGCCUUGAAUGUGGCACCUCGGCGAUGAACUAUUACAGCAAGCUCUGGCGAAUGACCCUCGAGCAUUGGAGGCAGUUGAAGACAAUGAGAUGGCAUGGCUUUGGCCAUCAUUCUGAUAACCCGAGCACAGGAGAACUCGCAUUAUUUUGCCCCACAUGUCCUCAGCCUGGUAUUAAUGUGCUGUUCUGGAAAUACACCCGGUCAUUUGUGAUGGACGGAAAUUUCAAAGCCGAACAUCUGCAUCCCAUUAAGCUAUUCAAUGAAGUUUGGCUGUCCGAUGGGCUUGGAUUCAUGGUAGGAAAGGACAGGUAUAAAAUGCAUCUGGCAGAGGCUGCUGACACAGUGGAAAAAUCAAGCUGCAACAACCACCAGGCAGUAAAUCAAGCUAAUGCUGCUCGGCACAAGCUGGAGUCCACUGGUAUCGGGGGAGUUGCCUGUGUCCGACAUGGUUGCUUUGUCCCUCACUCCAUGGUGGAUUUUCAGAAAGGCAAAAGGCAAGCCACAUGCACCAUUCCACAUUCACGAGUUAACCAUGCGUCACUUGCAGACAAAUGA